CAAGUGUCAACUGUCAAACUGAUCUCUAUUUUAUUCAUUUCGGAAGCCCGCUGCCUGAAAGAAAUCUUCAAAAUUCUCAAUUCUCUAACAAAUAAGCCGAAAUGUAAAAUUAAAACAAAUUUUGGGUUAAUUCUAAAUAUUUCUUGGAAAGAUCACAUAGUUUUAAUCUUGUUCCUUGCAAUAAAAAUAUGGCAAACUGUAGACCGGCUGGUCUUUCAGAUGAGGACUCCGACAGUGAUGAUUACGGUUUUUUUGACAAACCGGAUCGCAAUCAACCCUACACUAGCAACUUUGAAAAUACCAGACAAAAAACUGAAACAAAGUUACAAGAUGCCAUUAUAAAUGGAGACCUCGAAGCUACUGCUAAAGUAAUCAGUGAAGAUCUGAGGGACGAUGUCAACGCUAGACUGGAAAGUGGCUGGACACCUCUAUCGCAUGCCUGUUUUCAUGCUCAAGAAAAUAUUGUCCGAUUCCUUUUGUAUAAGGGUGCAGAUCCCAAUAUACAUGCAGAUUCUGUUACACCAAUAAUGUUGGCAUGUUCAAAUACCAGUGCCAAUGAGUCUGCCACAUACAACAUUGUGUUGAGCCUGAUAGAGAAGAACUCCAUACUCAACGUUGGUGACAAGUAUGGAGUGACACCUCUCAUGCGAGCUGUUAUCAGUGGACACCUCUCUGUAGUUGAACUGAUUAUUGAUAAGGAUGUCAAUAUUGAGAUGAGAGAUCGGCAGGGCUGGACAGCAGUCUUCUGGGCAAUACACCACAAUCAACCCCGGUGUCUUGAGUUACUCUUAAGCAAAGGAGCGAGAUGGAAUAUAGUGGAUAAAUCAAACCGCUCACUAACAGAAAUAGCCAGGUCUCACGAAUAUGUUGAGAUUAAUGACAUCCUUCAACAAUGUACGCAAGGGUCAAAUGAGAGUGAUGAAUUACAAGAUACAGAACAAAAAGAUUGUCUAGAUAAUCAGACUCAGUGGCAGGAUUAUUACCCAGGCUUGAGGGAUGAGAGCAAACCAAAAUAUACAAACGAAAUACCUCACCUACUCUACGGUAUGAACUGUGAUCGCCUAUCGAAGAACUUUGAAGGUACUCCUUUAGACUUGCGGACAUUUCUCCUACUCGAGAAUGAAGACAUGCUAAAGCUAGGUAUCGAAAUGCCUUUUGAAAGGCAGAGAUUAAAACAUGGCUUGCGUAAUUUUCACACAAGGUGCUGGAAAGUAAAUGCUGUGGCAGGCCUACAAACAGGGCGUGGUGAACCAAAGAGUAUCAUUGAAUGUCUAAAAAUAUUGGGAACCCACCUACAACAGCUGUAUAUUUUGGAGACCACUCUUACAUACGUUUUACGCGAUUAUAACAGAAUUCAGAAUCAAAUCAAAUUUGAGCCACCUGACUCACCUACCUUGGAGAGAUUGCAGGGCGCUGCUAAAAAGAUGAUUGCAAAUAUUAACAGCAUUAGAAGAGAAGUUAAUGCAAUGAAGAAAAUCCAUACUAAGAUAAGUAAAGAUAGUUUAAAGCCUGCCGACCUCAUAACAGAGAAAAGUACAAAAGACGUAGCACUGGAAGUGUUAACCCGACUAGUUGUGAUCGGCUCCCUAAGCUAUGUCGCGUUUCGGGCUGUCAAUAAUAUGUGGAACAAAUAAAUGUGUACGUUUUGACUAA